AUUGCUCGAAUCUCGAAUGACACUUGAUUUUUGUUGCUGAAAUAUGAGUCCUCAAAGCAGUUUGAUCCUGUUCGUCGAGCUCUUAUUGCCCCUCUAAAUUAGUGCUCCUCUGACUUAGUGCUCCUCAAACGAUCUGAUUUCUCCUCGAGUACUUGUGUCAUGGCUGGGAGAAGUGUCAGUGGAGAAUUCGUUGUCGACCCGAUUUCGAAAGCACCGAGAUGCUCAAUCUUCGCCUCGAUUGCUUCUAAACUCUGUCGAGUGUCUUCAGCAUCGAGUCAGAGGAACACAGAUAUCCAGCUGACUCCAAAAGCACCACUUCAGGUCAGUUGCGUUCCAUCAUCUGCUUUGACGAGAGAACCAUCCCUACAAGUGAAAGUGAUGGAGUCUUUGGUGCCUAAAGAUUUCUACUUAAGCAUCAUCAAAAAAGUAGAACUCGCCAUUGAAAAGAGGAAGGAGGAAAACCUGAAGAAAUCUAGUAGCCAAAACGCAGAUCAGGAAAAGAAUCUCGGAUCAUUUGAUUCAUUGCCGAAGCCUCGAAACUGCCGAGGAUCUGCGAAUGUGCAAUUUGUUAAAGAUCAUGAAGUCAACUCCCUGGAUGCAGUCGAAUACUCAACCCCUUUGAUGAGUAAUGAUGAGGAAGUGAAUGGAGCGGCAUCGUCAUUGGGCAAGCCGAAAAUGGAGCUUUUGCCAAGAUGGUCACUUGAUUCGACCGAACAGACGGAAUGCACAUCUUGCUUUAUUCCUGGUUCCCACAAAAAUUGUCCGUCCUCUCGACUUAUGAAAGAAAUUAGCUUGGCUAAUGAGCGACAAUAUCCCCAGGAGCAAGAAGCUUCCGGCCCAACUGUGUCGAUACGAGUCAAACUCUUGCCCAGGGAUAAGCAACGCAUUAAAGAAGGAACAGAAGAAAGGCCAACAUUAUCAGGCUUUAGCGUGAACGCGUGUAAAACGGAGGACAAUUGUGAGCUUCAGGACAGUCGAGUUGGAAAAAUACAAGCCGUGCCCAUAAGAAAAGCUGACAAACAAAGGUCCGUGUGCAUUCCUUUGUCCAAAUGUACCGACGAAGACAAUCCAGAGGCGCCUUCUCCUGCCUUCAUUCAUCCUCAUCUCGUUAUGUCCACGGACAGCAUUUGUGACUCACUUGAGGCCAUCGACGUGAAUCCAGUAACGAAAGCAACAGACGACCGUCUUGUCAUCCAUGACGCAAGUUCAGAAGAUCUCAGUUCAAGUUAUUUGCUUCCCGAAGCCCAACUUACCCGGUGGCCCUCAAAUCAAUCGAACCCUGAAAGUGACAACGAUUUACGACCUAUCGCAUCCGGCUCUUCAAGAAUUGUUGACCAGUCGUCGCUGAGUUUGACCUCUGAUCGCCCAGACGAUUUAAACAAUUCCUUUGAAAGUGAUUGUUUGGAAGAUAGCGAUUCAAGCAAUCAUUCGGAAAUGAAUUAUUUCCGAAACAAGUUCCACAGGAACAGCUACCUAAGUUCUGAAACAGUUUUGCGAGAUGUUCGCAAGCGUAGAAGAAUGUAUGAGGAUAAGGGAGUACAAGAGACCCCUAUAUCUAUUACCUCAUCCCCCUCGUUGGCAUUUUCAAACCAUAGGUUAUCGCUGAAGAAAUCAGCAGAUAAAUCAACAUCCAAGUCUAUCCCCAAACACCUUGAAGACUCUCAGAAGCAUUCUAAACCAGGUUUGAGUAACAAAGAUGAAAAUCACGGAGAUCCUCUACAACCCUUAAUCGUAUCUAAAACCAAGUCACCAACAAAUAAUCGGGAAGUGGUGAAAGACUCGUCAAUUAAUAAAUCCGAACCAACAUCUCUGUCCAAAACUCCAUCAUUAAGAAGACGAAAAUGGCCCAGUGACGAAAAUGGGAACGAAAAAUAUCCCUCAAAAAAGGGCAAUUAUGAAGAAGACAGGGUCUCAGCAGAAAAUGAACACAACUCAAAAACGGCUGAGGUUGUUAAUGAUAUCCCAUCCUCGCCCACAGAAGAUGCCGAAGAUCCAUUGGGGUUCAUUGAGAUCAAGAGUGCAGCUCAAUGGAAGGCCAUGUCCAAGAGAAUAACCUGGAAAUUUGACGAAUCACAUGACGAUGCCAAAGUUGAGAAACAAACCGAAAUCGACCAUGAUCCAAAAAUCGUCAACAAAGAGCAAACAACCAACUUCAGGAAUUCGAUAUCUUUCACCAUAAACCCCAAACUAACCGCCAGUACUGAUACUGUAAGCGACUUUAAGCCUACCAAAGUUCAACAGUUGAGAUUAGUUUGUUGGAAAGUCAAGCCGUGGAAUCAGCCCAAAAAGAAUCCCAAGUUAUUUACCUCCCAGUUUGCAGCUCCAUGGGGAGCAGACUGCGACGAAGUUUAUCCAGGUCUCCUGAUCGGUGACAAGCACUCAGCUUCAAAUGUUCGGUUUCUUCAAAAGAUUGGCGUAACACAUGUCUUGAAUACCGCUGAAGGCAAGGACGAAGGCUUGGUGGACUUAAGUCAAUCCCACUAUGAAGGAACGGACAUCAAGUACUUAGGAUUUCCUUUGUGGGACACACCCAUGUGCAAUAUUAUUCCAUACAUGGGGUGCGCCUCCGAAUUCAUAUCAAAUGCCAUCCAUGGAGGUGGUAAAUGCCUUGUAAAUUGUCAAAUGGGUGUGUCUCGUUCCUCAAGUUGCGCCAUGGCAUACCUAUUAAUUGAUCAAGGGAUGAAGGCGGUCGAUGUUAUAACCCUUUUUCGAAUGCAUCGGGAUAUCCGACCGAAUGAUGGGUUCUUGGAACAGAUUGUGGAUCUCGAUAACGAUUUGCGAAAGUUUAGAGAGCACGGAAUCCCAAGAUCUAUUAAAUUGUCCACAUUAAGCGACUUGGCUUUGCUUCCUCAAUCUUGGCAUUACGAGUUUUGGACGUCGCCUGUCACUGAAGAAGAAAUUGGGCAACCUUUGGCUCAUUUGGGCGAAGCUUGUCCCCUCAAGCCUUCAAUAUCCUCGAGGGCAUCAAAAUCGUCCUCUAAAGGAGCGUCAAAGAAGCCAUCAGGUCGCGUCUCAAAACGGAGUAGCUUCAAAGCUUCCAAAGCUUCCUCCAAAUGCUCCUCCCGAAAUGGAAGUUUCCGCUCAGGAAGAACUUCCCGGGGUCGAAGUGUUACUAAAUCUAUUGGAAAUCAGGAAGAGGACGAGCUAAUUGACGAUGGAGGUGAAUGGGAGUGGGUUUGGGAAGACGAUGAGGAAGAUCUUGAGAAUAUUGCUCCCAUAGGAGAGCCAGAGAUUUUACCCAUUCAAGACAAGCUCCUCCGAGUGAAGGAAAUAAUCGAGAGACCUGAGGAACGCUGGAGAGUGAUGUGGAAUAAUACAAAAACAUGCGAAUCCCCUUCUUCCGUUUGUAGUUCGCAAUCAAUCGCCAGUAAUUUGAGUAUUAGGUCAUGCAAUGUGGUCCAACCAGGUGUGGAUGAAAAUGAUCCCCUAUCCAUUGUAAAAGUCAACUCAGCCAAGCAAUGGAAAGCCAUCUCAAAAAACCUGACUAUCGACCUUCAAGGUAUUGACAUCUCUGAAAAAGAGACUUGUGGAAAAUCUUCCAAAGAGCUUUCUGGUUUCGUACCCACCACGGCUCAACAACUCAGAAUAAUUUGUUGGAGAGUGAAGCCAUGGGAGCAACCGAAGACCAGAACCUUAUUUAGCGCCAUUUUUGGGGCCAGCUGGGGCGUUGAUUGUGACGAGGUCUAUCCCAAUCUUUUUAUUGGCGACGAAGCUACUGCCCGAAACAUCAAAUUCUUGCAGAAAAUGAAAAUUACCCAUGUUUUGAAUACUGCGGAGGGCGUGUGGACGGAUUACAGCUUUGUGGAUUUAAAUGCCAAGUAUUUUGAAGGGUCAGGCAUUACUUACCAAGGCCUUCAGAUUUGGGAUAGUACGCAUGUGAAAAUCUUGCCAUUUUUGGGAUGUGCCAACGAAUUCAUCAAAGACGCCAUUUCGAGCGGUGGCAAAUGCUUGGUUCAUUGUCAAAUGGGUGUAUCGAGGUCUUGCGUUUCUGCCAUGGCCUAAAUGAUGUUGACUGAAACCUGGGAAGCCACAGAUGUUAUGAGGGAGUUUCGCAAACGGCGAGAUGUACGGCCAAAUGAUUACUUCUUAGAGCAGAUUGUUGAGCUCGACAAUGAGCUGAGAAAAGAACGCCUCUUCAAUGCUCCCAGAUCUAUCCAUCUUCAUCAGUUGAAGGAUUUGAACCGAGUACCUAAACCUUGGCACUUUGAGUUUUGGGAUGCCCCUCCGGAUGAAGACUCAUUGCCUUUUAAGUUGUCACACUUCGGUGAGAUUCGACCAGAUAUGCAUAGGAAACGACUAGUAAGCGAGAGGGUCGAUGAAGUGCCAAGUGAUAAAUCAGUUGAGCCCGUCGUUCAUUCAUUGAAAUCUGACGUCACUGAAAAUGGACUUCAACCCAAUACUAACCUUGCGAAAGCUAUUGAUAAUGAAGAAAGCGGCAGUGCGUGUUCUUCAGAGUGGGAAUGGGAAGAUGAAGAUGAGGAGGACGAACAAGAAGGGGAUGGAAGAAAACAAGAAAUGAUCGAAACAUCUAUUCGAAAUAGAAAUGCUCCAAAAUUUCAGGUUCCUCCUUACAUGAAUGGAGCUCUGAGUCAACCAAUCCUUCCUCGACAGAUCUUGAAGAAUGCUCCAAAUGAAUUAAAUAAAUCGACAUCAAGGCGAGACUCCGGUGAAUUCGUCCCAACGACAGAUAAACAACUUCGCUUGAUUUGUUGGCGUGUCAAGCCAUGGAGUGAGAAAAAGACGUCGAAAAUGUUUUCCUCACAAUUCGCUGUGGCUUGGAAAGUGGAUUGUGACGAAGUAUUUCCCAAUCUUUUCAUUGGUGAUGCAGCAGCCGCCUCCAAUGUCAAAUUCCUGAAGCACCUAAACAUCACUCACGUCUUGAACACGGCCGAAGGAGAUGAUGAGGGAUUGGUGAACCUGGAGAGCCAGCAUUUUCAAGGCUCUGGAAUAACUUACAAAGGGUUCCUGAUGUGGGACUCAGCCUGGUUUGAUGUCAGUCCCUUCUUGGAUGAAGCCGCAGACUACAUUGCGGAAGCCCUAGAAUCAGGGGGUAAAUGCUUGGUCAAUUGUCAGAUGGGUGUGUCUCGAUCCUGUACUUGCGCUAUGGCUUUCAUGAUGAAGAAGAAUGCAUGGAGUGCAACUGAUGUCUUGAAGCAGUUCCGUUCACAUCGAGAUGUUCGACCGAAUGAUGGGUUUAUGCGUACAUUAGUGAACCUAGACAAUCAGCUGAGAAAACACCGUGAAGGGUUUCUAUGAUUGCGUGUCCAAUAUUGCUGCUUGUGUCAAUAAAAUAAAGCCAAACAACCUGGGUUUUCUUUCAUUUCAGCUAAGGCUUUAGUUCUUCUACUCCUUCUACCGACAAAACCACUUAGAUUUCAACUAUUUGAACAAUUUAUUUUGUUUUCAG